AUGGCUUCCCACGCUGCUAGCAAUGUUGUGUCUUCUGGGCUCGCUACUCGUGACUGUGGACUCGCGAUAUCUGCCUUUGGAGACGGCGUUCGAGCUCCAUUACUUGUGAUCGCUGCAUCAUACAUCGAUCCGUACACAGAAACGGCACGGCUCUAUACUUGGUUUGCGUUCACGGAUGCACUAUCCCAUACCCUUGGAGAUCUAUUUUUGCAAGCCAUCUGGCGACUAGGACUACAUUUACAAGGUCAAUGGCUUGUUUUGCCAAUUUUGGUGACCAUGCUGUUCAUCGUUCUUAGCUAUGGAAUGUCGACUGUAUUACCAAAGGUUUCAGAAGACACAGCAACUUCCCAGAACGAUCGGACCCAGGCCUCCUAAUCGCUGUUGCUAGUCAAUGAGGAAGAUACUGCCAC